GCUCCCUCCCUAUGGUAAAACCUCCAACACAACGUGGAUGCCGAGGGUGUUUGUUGAUUUGAUGCAGCCUUCAACAACCUCCACCAAGGUGCCAUCACCCAUAGACGAGUUUCCAGUCUUUCUGAAGGACGAAAGAGAUCUCAAAGACCCCGUCAUCAGUGUAACGUAUGACGACUCUAGUAAUGGCCGGGUAUCACCUCUGGAUACACCUGUAGCACCUUCCGCGUCAUCAUCCCGCCAUAACUCCAAGCACAUCUCUGUCAACUCUCGCAGCGAGCUACUGGCUACUGAGAGCUGGCUUACCCAGAGCAUGGAGAAAGUUCCACAGAUCCCUGCCAUCUACACCAAUGGACGCCGUAACUCAACGAAUUCUCUGUUACUCCAAGCGGCUGGGAAAUUGGAACCUUAUGAGGCUCUGGGAAACGUGUUUGUAGAGCACAUGGCUCCACCUCCGUCAACGCCAGGGCAACAGCACCAGGAGCUCAGAAUCGGCGGUUUCCAUGAAGUCAGUCCCAUCAGAUUUCUAUGUUUUCGCUUGCUGACAUUUCAAAAANNGGCCUUGUUCAUCGGCGUCGUUGUAAUGGCGCAAUUCAUGUGUCUUGCAGGUCUGGGUCAAGCAAUCGCGCCAGUCAAAAUCAUAGCAUCCGGACUGGGUGUGAACAACCCUGGUCAAGAAGCGUGGUUCUCAGCCGCGUACAGUCUCACCACUGGUACAUUUAUCCUAAUCGCCGGCCGGCUAGGUGACAUUCUCGGUCACAAACGCGUGUUUGUGUUUGGGUACCUGUUUCUUGGUAUCUGGUCCGGAUUUGCCGGGUUCAGUGCUUACGUCGGCAGGCAGAUCUUNUUCGACGUCUGCAGAGGUAUGCAAGGCAUUGGCAGUGCGUUACUGGCCCCCAAUGCUCUCGCACUGCUUGGUCGCGCUUACCCUCCAGGCAUCAAGAAGAAUCUCACAUUUGCGUUGUUUGGCGCCAUGGCACCUUGGGGAUUUGUAAUCGGCGCUCUCUUCGGAGCUCUCUUCUCGCAGACCACGUGGUGGCCCUGGACUUUCUGGAGCUACGGUGCCGCAGCAUUUGCCCUGUCAGCAUUCUCGCUGCUCGUCCGUCGUGCUGAUAACCCGCUCUUACCUGUCUCUGCCUUCAACGCAACAGUCACUUACACCAUGGCUUUGAUCGGCAUAGGUUGGGGCAGCUUCGGCAUCUGGAUCUACUACUCGUGGCGCUUCCUCGAGGAGUUCCGCCAUCUGACACCGCUCAGCGUCUCUGCACAGUUCACCCCCGCCUUGGUUUGCGGACUUAUCGCUGCAGGUGCCACCGGUUUCAUGCUUACGCACACUCCCGUGUCUUUCACAAUGCUGAUUGCCAUGUUGGCCUUCUGCAUCGGCCAAGCAAUCUCGGCCUUUAUGCCUGUCCAUCAGUCGUACUGGCCUCAGAUGUUCGUGUCCAUUUUGAUCAUGCCGUUUGGUAUGGACAUGUCUUUCCCUGCUGCCACUGUCAUUCUUUCCAACCAUAUGCCUCGUGAGCAUCAAGGUCUUGCUGCUUCGCUGGUGAAUACCAUGGUCAAUUACUCAAUCUCAUUGGCGUUGGGUAUCGCUGGCACGGUCGAAGUGUCAGUCAUGACCCACGACGGCACGCUCGAAGACACGAUAUGGGGUGUUCGAUGCGCCUUCUUCACUGGCCUUGCUCUUGCCGGCUGUGGAGUUUUGCUCGGCGUUUCGUACUUUGUAAAGUCGAUGAUCAAGGAGGGUUGGAAAGUAGCGCAGCAU